UGCUUCCCUCUGCUCUCAUCUGGAUCACCUCCAGACCAGCAGCAGCUGAUCUCGUCCCCUCUGAGUGUGUCCAUCGAGUGACAGAGGUACGAGGCUUCAAUGAGCCACAGAAGGAGGAAUACUUCAGGAAGAGAAUCAGUGAUAAGAGUCUGGCCAGCAGGAUCAUCUCACACCUGAAGUCAUCAAGGAGCCUCUACAUCAUGUGCCACAUCCCAGUGUUCUGCUGGAUCUCAGCCACUGUUCUAGAGAAGAUGUUGAGUCGAGCAGAGAGUGGAGAGAUUCCCAAGACUCUCACUCAAAUGUACACACACUUCCUGAUCCUUCAGACCAACAUCAAACAUGAGAAGGACUAUGAGAAGAAGGUGACAGAUGAAGACAUGAUCCUCAAACUGGGGAAACUGGCUUUUCAGCAGCUUGUGAAAGGAAACCUGAUCUUCUAUGAUAAAGACCUGAGAGAGUGUGGCAUUGAUGUGACAGAAGCAUCAGUGUACUCAGGAUUGUGCACUCAGAUCUUCAGAGAGGAGUUUGGCUUGUAUCAGGGGAAAGUCUUCAGCUUUGUUCAUCUGAGCAUUCAGGAACAUCUAGCAGCUCUAUAUGCACAUCUCUCCUGUACAAUCAAGAAGAGAAAUGUAGUUGGCCAACUUAAACAAAGUCUGUUAUCUAAGAUUUUAAACUGGAAGAAAUAUAGUUCAUUAUCUGAGCUGCAUCAGAGAGCUGUGGAUGAGGCUUUACAGAGUAAGAAUGGACAUCUGGAUCUUUUCCUGCGUUUUCUUCUGGGUCUCUCACUGGAGUCCAAUCAGACUCUCUUACAAGAACUACUGACACAGACAGGAAGCUGCUCUUACAACAAAGAGGAAACAGUUCAGUUCAUUAAACAGAAGAUCAGGGAAAAUCCCUCUCCAGAGAAAUUCAUCAAUCUGUUUCACUGUCUGAAUGAACUGGGUGAUGAUUCACUGAUGCAGGAGAUCCAACGUUAUCUGAAAUCUGGAAAAAUAAGAGAAACCAAACUCUCGUCUUCACAGUGGUCAGCUCUGGUUUAUGUGUUGCUGACAUCAGAGCAGAAGAUGGAUGUGUUUGAUCUGAAACAGUUUAUUGGAUCACAACAUACAGCAGAUGAAGUUCUUCAGUAUCUGUUACCUGUGGUUAAAGAAUCCAGAUCAGUUCGGCUUUGUGGGUGUAAUCUCACUGCUCAGUCCUGUGAAAGUUUGUCUUCAGCUCUUCAGUCAUCAAACUGUGUCCUGAGAGAGCUGGACCUGAGUAACAAUGACCUGCAGGAUUCAGGAGUGAUGCUUCUUUCUGAUGGACUAAAGAACUGUAAACUGGAGAUGCUGAGGUUGUCUGGCUGUAUGGUGACAGAGGAAGGCUGUGGUUAUUUGUUUUCAGCUCUGAGUUCAAACCCCUCACACCUGAGAGAGCUGGAUCUGAGCUACAAUCACCCAGGAGAUUCAGGAGUCAAACUACUCUCUGAAAAACUGGACGAUCCAAACUGCUCACUGGACAAACUCAAUGUUGAUUAUGGAGGAGAAUCCAGGAUUACAGCAGGACUGAAGAAAUAUGCCUGUUUUCUCACACUGGAUCCAAACACAGCAAACAAUUAUUUCAGUCUGUCUGAGGAGAACAGAACAGUGACAUGUGUGAUGAAGAAUCAGUCAUAUCCUGAUCAUCCAGACAGAUUUGAUUAUUUUCCUCAGGUGUUGUGUAGAGAGAGUGUGUGUGGACGCUGUUACUGGGAGAUUGAGUGGAGUGGACGUGUGUUUAUAUCAGUGUCAUAUAAGAGCAUCAGCAGGAAGGGACGGGGCGAUGAGUGUGCGUUUGGAAAUAAUGAUCAGUCCUGGAGUUUGAACUGCUCUCACUACAGAUACUCAUUCAUACACAAUAAGAUAAAGACUGAACUCCCUGUAAAGCCCAUCAUCAGUAGAAUAGGAGUGAAUGAUGAUGAUGAUGAUGAUGAUGGUAUCUAUAUAAUAGGAGUGUAUGUGGAUGAGAGUGCAGGAACUCUGUCCUUCUACAGCGUCUCUGACACAAUGAGUCUCAUCCACACAGAACAGAUCACAUUCACUCAGACGCUCUGUGCUGGGUUUUGGGUUGGUGCUGGAUCAUCACUGAAACUGUGUUGAUGAAUGAGAAUAAACUGAUGAGAGAUUGUACCCAUAAUGCUUUGAGCUGAUGAUGAAACAGUAACAGUGAGAUGUUAUAGAGUCUCUUCAUCACAUUAAUACUGCAGAUGAACUUCUGUCACUCAAAUAACAUAAUAAAUGUCUUUUUAUUGUAACGUCACAUUAAUCAUUUGUAUUAUUGUUAUCAAAAUGAUCUUUUAGCUGACAAUGAUCAAACUAUUGUUUGUGCAGAAAUCAUAAAACACAAUGUUAUAUCAUCCUGAGAUCAAAUUGUAAUUGAUGAUGAAUAUGUGAAAUGUCUGAAUGUAUGAAUCAUGAAUAUAAUCACA